CGGGGCCUCGCACGGCGGCGGCGGCGGCUGGAGCGGCGGCCGCGGGGGCUGGACUGGGGCGGCCGCAGCUGCCCGGAGCCCGAUGGUGCGGGGCCGCGGCCAGGCCGCAGCAGGAGCCCGAGGCCCGGGCCGCCCCGGCUGACCGCGCGGGCCCGCGCUGCCCGGAGCCCCGCUGCCGCCCGUCGGUCCCCGCCGGGGCGCGGGCCGCCCGCCCGCCAUGGGGUCACUGUUCCGGAGCGAGCCCAUGUGCCUGGCGCAGCUCUUCCUGCAGUCGGGCACGGCCUACGAGUGCCUGAGCGCCCUGGGCGAGAAGGGCCUGGUCCAGUUCCGAGACCUCAACCAGAAUGUCAGUUCUUUCCAAAGAAAAUUUGUUGGUGAGGUGAAGCGGUGUGAGGAGCUGGAGCGGAUCCUGGCGUACCUGGUGCAGGAGAUUCACAGAGCUGACAUCCCGCUCCCCGAGGGCGAGACCAGCCCCCCUGCCCCGCCUCUGAAGCAGGUCCUGGAAAUGCAGGAGCAGCUGCAGAAGCUGGAGGUGGAGCUGAGGGAAGUCACGAGGAACAAGGAGAAGCUGAGGAAGAACUUGCUGGAGCUGAUCGAGUACACGCACAUGCUGCGGGUGACCAAGACCUUCGUGCGGCGGAACGUGGAGUUUGAGCCCACGUAUGAAGAAUUCCCCGCCUUGGACAGCGACUCCUUGCUGGACUACAGCUCUAUGCAGAGGCUGGGAGCGAAACUGGGAUUCGUGUCCGGCCUCAUCCACCAGGGGAAGGUGGAGGCGUUUGAGAGGAUGCUGUGGAGGGUCUGCAAAGGGUACACCAUCAUGACCUACGCAGAGCUGGACGAGUCCCUCGAGGACCCGGAAACGGGAGAAGUCAUCAAGUGGCACGUGUUCCUCAUCUCCUUCUGGGGCGAGCAGAUCGGCCACAAGGUGAAGAAGAUCUGUGACUGUUACCACUGCCACAUCUACCCGUACCCCAGCACCGCCGAGGAGCGCCGUGAGAUCCAGGAGGGGCUGAGCACCCGCAUCCAGGACCUGUACACGGUACUGCACAAAACCGAGGACUACCUCAGGCAGGUGCUGUGCAAGGCGGCCGAGUCAGUGUACAGCCGCGCCGUCCAGGUGAAGAAGAUGAAAGCCAUCUACCACAUGCUCAACAUGUGCAGCCUCGACGUGACCAACAAGUGCCUCAUCGCCGAGGUCUGGUGCCCCGAGGCCGACCUGCAGGGCCUGCGCCGUGCGCUGGAGGACGGCUCGAGAGAGAGCGGUGCUACCAUCACCUCAUUUAUGAACACGAUCCCGACGACAGAAACGCCCCCCACCCUGAUCCGCACCAACAAGUUCACCGAGGGCUUUCAGAACAUCGUGGACGCCUACGGCGUGGGCAGCUACCGGGAGGUGAACCCAGCUCUCUUCAGCAUCAUCACGUUCCCCUUCCUGUUCGCCGUGAUGUUCGGGGACUUCGGACACGGCUUCGUGAUGUUCUUGUUCGCCCUCCUGUUGGUGAUGAAUGAAAACCACCCCAGGCUGAGUCAGUCGCAGGAGAUCCUGGGCAUGUUCUUCAACGGCCGGUACAUCCUCCUGCUGAUGGGGCUGUUCUCGGUGUACACGGGCCUCAUCUACAACGACUGCUUCUCCAAGUCCGUCAACCUCUUCGGCUCUGGCUGGAACGUGUCUGCCAUGUACAGCGCCAGCCACGCCCCGGCGGAGCGCGGGAAAAUGGCGCUUUGGAAUGACAGCGUGGUCCGGCGCAGCCGCGUCCUGCAGCUGGACCCGAGCGUGCCCGGGGUGUUCCAGGGCCCUUACCCGCUGGGCAUCGAUCCUAUUUGGAACUUGGCCACAAAUCGCCUCACUUUCCUGAACUCUUUCAAAAUGAAAAUGUCUGUGAUUUUAGGAAUUAUCCACAUGACUUUUGGAGUCGUCCUGGGAAUAUUUAACCACCUGCAUUUCAGGAAGAAGUUCAACAUCUACCUGGUGUCGGUCCCCGAGCUGCUCUUCCUGCUCUGCAUGUUCGGGUACCUCGUCUUCAUGGUCAUCUACAAGUGGCUGGUCUACUCGGCGGAGACCUCCAGGGCGGCCCCCAGCAUCCUCAUCGAGUUCAUCAACAUGUUCCUGUUCCCCACCACGGCCACCAGCGGCCUGUACGCGGGCCAGCCCUCGUCAUCGUCAUCGUUGGUACUGGAAUCGCUCUGGGCCCAGGAGGCGGCCCUGGGCGUGCACUUGCUGAGCACGUGCAGCGGCUGCUGCUGGCCGUCACCGCGCUGUCCGUGCCCGUGCUCUUCCUGGGGAAGCCGCUCUUCCUGCUGUGGCUGCACAACGGGCGCAGCUGCUUCGGGGUCAGCAGGUGGGUACACGCUGGUCAGGAAGGACAGCGAGGAGGAGGUGUCUCUGAUGGGCAGCCAGGACAUAGAGGAGGGGAGCACCCCGCUGGAGGACGGCUGCAGGGAGGUGACCUGUGAAGAGUUUAACUUUGGAGAAAUAUUGAUGACCCAAGUGAUCCACUCCAUCGAGUACUGCCUGGGCUGCAUCUCCAACACCGCGUCCUACCUGCGGCUCUGGGCCCUCAGCCUGGCCCACGCACAGCUGUCCGACGUGCUGUGGGCCAUGCUGAUGCGCGUGGGCCUCCGCGUGGACAAGACCUACGGGGUCCUGCUGCUGCUCCCGGUGAUGGCGCUCUUCGCCGUGCUGACCAUCUUCAUCCUGCUGGUCAUGGAGGGGCUGUCUGCGUUCCUCCACGCCAUUCGCCUCCAUUGGGUGGAAUUUCAGAACAAGUUCUAUGUUGGUGCAGGCACCAAAUUUGUUCCUUUCUCAUUCAGACGACUUUCAUGGAAGUUCAGCGACGACAGGGCGUGACUGCAGCGCUGCAGCAGCCAGGCUUUCCCAUUGACGGAGAAUUAUCAUGUUGUAGAAAUUCACUUGUGUCCAAUUUACGAUCAGAAAAAUUCUGUCUUCAUUGAUUGCCUUAGGAUCUAGCCAAAUAAUUCUGUAAGAUAUACCUCUUCCUCACGUUAAAUAUUUUGUAAAGUUUAUCAAUUUAGAUACAUAAAUUUAUUCCCAUUUUCCUGAUGAGCAAAUAUAAGUUAAUGCCAAAAGUUACGUUAAACUUAUUUUUUAAAAUACAGGCUUGGGGGAGAGAAGCCCGCUUUGAGCGGCUAAUCGGAAACAGUCUUAGUACUUAAUUCCUUUUCACCUUAUUAAAACAACAGCAACAAAAAACAAAGAGUUAUUCUGUCACCCGAAGUCAGAGAAUAUUUUCCAACAGCUGAAUAAGUAUAGUUUUUUAAGAAGUUUAAUGACGGAUCAUCAAAAGACACAUUUAAUAUUCUGCUUGACCAGAGUAUGGGAACGUUUUUUAUUGUGUACUCCUGGGAUUACGAGGAGGAGGCGGUUUCUACAGUUUUGUCUUAAUUGGGGAAUGUGGGACAAAACCUGCAACAUGUUUAUUCCCCUGGUAUAUUUUUUUAAAGACUCUCGCCCUGUUCUUACGUCACUCCGGUUACGGGCUGUAUGUUUGGGAAGGAACGGCGUGCUGAGCCUGGCGACGCCGUGUGACUGUGGAAGAUGCAGUAGCGACAUGCCCUGGACUCAGGGACCCGCUUGGCGGGCGUUACUGAGCAGCAGGGGUCUCUCCUGAGCGGAGGAAAGGGAGAAAGUAGUCUUUUGUACACUUUCAUAACAAAAUGUAAAUCAGGAUGUUUUACCAUGAGGAGGUCGAACCUGCCCCGAGAACAGUACGUUGACCGUUUUUACCUCUGAGGCUGAUUCUAGUGAAGGUCGGACGGAGGCGCUUGGAGUUCACGCACACGCCGCACACUCCUUAGCUCGGCUGGAAGCUGGUUCUCGGCCGCUGAGUUGGAGUCUCUCGUUUAAAUGCCUCUGCUCACUUGACGUUUCGUUCUGAGUGAAUGGGAAUCGGUCCUGUUGGACUUGAUCUGGCCCGUCGUCUGUGAAUUAUGCUCCUCCUUCCUCCUCUGCUGUCAUGGUUUGUGGGUAAUUUAAUUCUUUUCAGGACGAGCCGGCAGUAUGUUCACUUGUCACAUUUUCUGUAACACACGCCAAAGGCUGUCUGUCGCCAUCUCCCCGCCCUGGCUCAUUAUGCACAGCCAGGCAUAACUGACUAACAUCAAACCUUUUAAGAAAUAGACAUUUUUAUUGAUUUCAGAGAGGAAGAGAGAGUGAGAGACAUCAGUUAUGGGAGAGACUCAUGGAUGGGCCUCCUGCACGCCCCCUACUGGGGAUCGAGCCCACAACCCGGCCUGUGCCCCGACCGGGAAUGAACUGUGACCUCCUGGUUCCUAGGUCAGCGCUCAACCCCUGAGCCCCGCCAGCCGGGCUCACAUCAGACCUUUUCCUUGUGUGACGAUUCCAUGCUGCUCUCCGUGGGUGUCACCCAGAGCCGGUUGAAAUUGCCAGCGUUUGUCCCUCAUGUUCAAUGUCAGACCGUUAGUGACAGUGAGGAAACUGGACAACGAUUCUGCUCUCUGCCCCCAGCUUUCCCACUUCCCCCACAGGCUGUCCGUUUUCAUCACUCGACUCCAGGGGGCGGGCAACAAAGUGGGAGCUAACUCAUCCCGAGGAAGCCCAGGAUUCGCCCGUUAGUAAACGAGAGACAGCACUUGCUGGAGCCUCCGCUGCCCGCUGCUCCCUGCCCCGGGGCCACCUUGGUAAUUCUAACGAACACCUCCUAUCGGUAUGGGGCCAGGAGUGCGUCAUGUCUCCAUGGAAACUUAUGUAGAAUGUCAUUCUAAAAAAGCAAAUGAAUGGUCCCAACAAAACUCUCCAGAAACAGUGUGAUGGUGUCCCUUCAGCACUAACGGGAAUUUUACUUCUUUACGAAGCUGUUGGUCCCAGCGUCGUGUCACCAGAGCAGUUGUUUUGCUUUGUUUUUAAGCUAUUUGGUGGAACUGUUGUGUGUACAGUGUUGAAGGCAAGACUUUAUUCUCUUGAUAGCAAAUACCAAGAGGAAAAGUGGCCAGCGGUCUGGGUGAUGUUCUAAAUAUGAUUAUUUUUCUAAAGAUCCGUGUCAUGACGGCCAGGUUUUCCAGGUUUCGUUCUAUGUGUUCAUGGAGUCCUAAAACAUAAAACCGAGGAUUUCUUCCGUCAUCUAGAAUCUGAGUUCAUCCUCGAAGGUGGAGAGCGUCCUUGUGGUGACGUGAUCAUGGUCCGCUCGGAAGCCCUAAGGUGUUCUGACGGGGUCACGGGGAGCCCCGGACUUUCCGUUCAUCGUGGACGUGACUUUGCAAAGACUCGCCUCACCGGACGCGCCGCUUCCUCCUUUCCGCACGGGGUUUUGUAACAGCCUUCGGCUCUCCGUUUCUCCCUGCAGUAGUUUGGUGAGGCAUAGCACGUCUGCAGCACAGGCGGCGCUUAGGGACGCAGGUCCGUGUGGUUUGGAAAACAAACGCAAAGUAACUUCAGCCGCUGCUCUGCAGUCUGCAUUCGUGACUGAAAUGUCGAAGCCAGGUUGGCUGGCACGCCACCUGGUCUCCAGCAAGGUGACUGGGGCAUCGCCAUUCCAGACCGGGACACAGGGCCGUCCCAGGGGCGGUCUGGCAGCCGGCACCGAGCUGAGCUUUGGCUUCGGAUUGUAAGGAACCCUUAGGACCUGCCACUCACUUCCUAGUGGGAACCCCGACCAGGGCGAGUGCUGAGGUCGGCCUGGAAGUGAGGAGCCUCAGGCUCAGCAGACACCGGUGGACAAGCCCCGGCCCCCCGGAUGCACUAGGACACGUGCAUCUUCCUCUCAGUAUUGAACUUUUUACUAAUGAAAAUAAAUCUAUAUUUUUAAACCGUGA